GUGCAAGUAUGAAGUUGUUGGUAAUUAUCCUACUAUCCAGCACUAUUUGGAGUAAUGUUCUGUGCGCUGUGACUUACAAUGAAGAGCUCUCUACUUUAAUGACAAAACUCUGGAACUUGGAUGUCAACAGAUGUGAACCUCCCAAAGACUUUCGAAUUGACAUUCAAGGUUACGUAACCGCAAUGAACUGGACGUACACUGACAGAGCCAGUAGAAAUCUCUAUACGUUCUUCAAUGAAACUGAAAUCUUUAACAAACCAACUUUUAAAGCAAUGAGAGCAUUGUUGGACAACUAUGAGACGGAGACCAAUUUACCUGAAGUUGAAACGAACGAAGAGAAGCGGGAAAUUGAAAAUUUUAUGACUGCCAUCAUGUCAACCGAAAUUAUGAAGGAAGCGCACAGAUUCCUCGUGUCAAAGAGAAAGGCCAGCCAAAGUAUGGCAGCCUUCAAAACAGAAGUUCAGAACAUUUGGUUCAAAUUGUACAAGAGGACGCGAGAGGAUAGGUUCAUCAAUUCAUGCGGUUUUGAACAUGUGUUUGUGGGUGAGAAGAGGUCCCGUGAUAUAUCAGGUUUUCACAACUGGGUCCAGGUGUAUCUGCAAGAAAAAGCAGGCAACCUGGAUUACAGAGGCUACUUUAGAAGAGGAACUACGGAGGAAAUAGAAGCUCAACCGCGCAUGUUGUCACUUCAAUUCGUUUGGAAGAGACAGGCGGGCAAAUCAUUUACAUCAAUCUUCAUGGGCACUAGUCCUGAAUUCGAGUUGGCCAUGUACACGGUUGUCUUCAUGAUGGGGUUCAGGCAAGCCCCUGCUGUCCACGUGAAGAAUUAUAACAUCGAAGUCAUGACGUACGCCCAUGGCAGAGAGGUCGGAUCGGCGUUCCCGAGAUCCUUGCAUGAUUAAUUUGCGCAAAGUUACUGCGUACUCCGAACAAUGAACAUCAGUAACUGUUAAUAAUUAUUGUUAUCUGUAGGUUUAUUCGAUGCUUCUAACCUUAUUACAUUUCAAAGUAUGCAUUUAUACGUAUUUCACAUUACUCAAUAUAAUAUUUAGUUAUAAUAUUUAAUAUGUAAUUAUUGAUGGAAUCACAAUUUAUAGUUUACAGAAAUUUGAUGUUUUCAUUUAAUUGUAAAGUUAGGGAAUGAGUGUACAUUAAAAUUCCAAAUAUAUCGGUAUGUCGAAGACCAAA